GUUUCCGUUGGGGCGGAAGCCGGGAGAGCGCAUUCCCAGCGAGCGCGGGUCCUGGGUCUUCUGUGGAGCGGGCUGUGAGCGGAGGGGUGGGAGGCGAGUCCAGGGCUCCCUGAUCCUCUAUAAGCUCCUAGCGGCGUGUAGCCGCGGAACAACUGCAAAAGUGGUCGGGCUCUGUUUUUCCCUUUCUUCCUUGCCACUCUUGGGUUGGCCCCCAAGAUCCAGAGAUCUGCAGGGACCGGAGCUGCAGAGCUAGGAUGGGAAACAGUGCGCUCCGCGCUCAUGUGGAAACGGCGCAGAAAACUGGAGUCUUUCAGCUUAAGGACCGUGGGCUGACCGAGUUCCCCUCAGAGUUGCAGAAACUGACGAGCAAUCUCAGGACCAUCGACUUGUCCAACAACAAGAUCGAAAGCCUACCGCCUAUGAUUAUAGGGAAGUUCAUUCUGCUGAAGAGCCUCUCCUUGAACAACAACAAACUGACUUUUCUUCCUGAUGAGUUAGGCAAUCUGAAAAAACUAGAAACGCUAAGCCUCAACAAUAAUCACUUGAGAGAGCUGCCGACUACCUUUGGGCAAUUGUCAGCGCUGAAGACCCUGAGCCUCUCUGGGAACCGGCUGGGAGCACUACCACCCCAACUUUGUAGCCUGCGGCACCUGGAUGUGGUGGAUCUCUCUAAGAACCAGAUUCGAAGCAUACCUGACAUAGUGGGGGAGCUGCAGGUCAUCGAACUCAACUUCAACCAGAACCAGAUAUCUCAGGUCUCAGUAAAGAUAUCUUGCUGUCCUCGCCUGAAAGUUCUUCGCCUCGAAGAGAACUGCUUGGAGCUCAGCAUGCUUCCACAAAGCAUCCUUAGUGAUUCCCAGAUCUGUCUGCUUGCUGUGGAAGGCAACCUUUUUGAAAUAAAGAAACUUCGAGAACUAGAAGGCUAUGAUAAGUACAUGGAGAGGUACACGGCCACCAAGAAGAAGUUUGCAUGAUGUUCUCCAGGAGCAUGGGAAUCCAUACAGGACAUUGAUUUGGAACCUGUUGCAAUCGGGCUGAAUCAAAGGCGCUUGUUGUUGUCAAGGGCAUCUGCAGUGAGCUGUUGAUACUCCAGGAGGUUAUAAUUUUAUUUGAUCUUUUUCCUUUCUAGAGCUUAUCUCAAAUAAGCUAAAAGGAAUCAAGAGACAGAAAGAGUGCUCCAUUUUGAGUCAUGUUUAGGGCAAUGGACAAUGCUGAUCUUCAAAAUCAUCGUAAUGUUGGCUUUAAGGAACCAGUAGCAAGUUGCUAUUUCUACAGUGAGGGGGUGCUGCCUGGUAAUAGAAUAGCUCCACACCUCAGCUUGAAAUUUCAUAUUUAGUUUCAACGUGUCAACUUUCAUAAAAUCAGCUGCCAUUCCAUCUCUGUGUUAGCAUUUCACAUUUUUUGAAAUUCAAAUAAUUUGUGAAAGGCUACUAAAGAUUUGUGAUUUUAUUCCAGUCUAUCAGUUCAGUUCCAGUAUUUAUACUUGGAAUUUAGGAUGUACAUGAAUGUGACUGUCCUGAUUAGAAGUGUACUUUGUCAGAGAAGCACCAAUACAAGAGUAAGAUAUGUUCCCCAAGGCUGCAGUAGCAAAUUCUAACUACUGCAGGUGCCUUAUUGGUAGAGGGCUCCGAAGAGCUAAAACCAUAUAUGCAAAACUUGUAAGAUACAAGAGGUUUUAAUAAUCAAGAUUUUCCUGAAUCUUUGUUAGAAAUAAUGUCUCAUUUCUGGUAAUCCUUUUCCCUUUUUGUAUUUAUAACUAUACUAAUCAAAUUACCUAUCAAAACACUACUACGAUAUUUUAAAACAACCUAUAUUUAUCAAGUUUAUUCUCUGAAGGAGAGAAUACACUAAAUAAAGAAUUUGUAAUAAACUUUGGCUGGAAGAAAGGUUAAUCCUUUAAAAGGAAGACAUGAGAACUUUAACCUAUAAGUGCUCCUUUAUUUGAAAGUAAACUGAUUAGGAAGAAGCGUUUCCUGUUCAGGUUGCAUGAGUACUGUGAUGCCUUCAUGUGACUGAUGAAACAUUUUGUGGUAUCGGACCCAUGCUGAUUAAGAAAUACUGAAGGUACAAAGGUAUUAUAUGUCAUGUAUUGACAGUUCUCAUUUUACAAACCUAGUUUAACCUUUAAGUCAAGAGAUCUUAGCAGCCUAGUAUUUAAUAUAUACGAGGAAGUCUCCUAACUUUAAAUCUUUUUCCCAUGUUAUUUUGUUUCUCAAUUUGGGGAGGAACGGGGUGCCAGUUUAUCAUUAUUAACUGAGUUUUUAAAAAUAAACUUUAAUGUUUAAUUAAUCUUAUUGGUCUUCUCACUGAACAAUUCACAUUUCUCUAAAUAUUUUACCAGUACUUAUCAUCUACUAAAUCAGCACUUACAAAUUAAACCUCAAUGUCCCCAUCCCUACGACAGUCACCACUUGCACAACUUAGACCCAGACUGAUUUCCAAAAACUUUCUUCACUAUCCUUUGCCUACCGAGUAAUACCAGAUUGUUCUGCUCUUUAGACACACAGUGCAAUGUCUUUCACCUUUAGCUGCCUUUACAUUGUUGGCUCAGUCAGAAAUGCUCUCUUACUAACAUGCUCCUUCCCUAUGUCUAAGCCCCUUUCUAAGUCUAAGCCAAAUUAAUUGCUCUUCCAUCUGUUUCAACAGCACCUCUCACAUUCUAUAUUCAACUGUCUCUUGCUAAACUGAGCUCUUUGAAUGCAGGAACUAUGUAAAGCAAUACACCCCAAGUUAUAGUACACAAGUAUUUAGACUUAAAUAUGAGCUAACAAAGUAGGUUGACUUGUGGGCUGGAGACCCACAUUCUAGUGACCACUACUAAGUCACCCACAUUCUUUUAGAGUUUGCGUAGAAGUCAGUGUAGAAUACUGACUACGAUCAUAAGUCUUGGAGUCUGAAAAGAUCCUGGUUUGAAUCCAGUGUCAUUUACUAACUAUGAAUUUGAGCCAUUUAGUCUCAUCUGUAACAGGCAAUACCUGCUACCCUCAGGUAAAUUAUGAGGAUGUGGUGAAAAGAUACAUAAAAAGCAUUCAGCAUAGUGCCCAGGACAGAGUGAG